AAAGUAGCAACCUUAGCGUACGCAGCGCCGCCUGUGGCGGUUUAAUCGUGCAAGGUACGACUCGUUUCGGUACGAUUUUUCAUGCGGGCGGCCGUACUAUGUGUCUAUAUAGUUUGGUCUCCUUAUUCUCGUCUUCAUGGGCACGGUCUUAGAUCAUUGAGAUUUUCUCGAUGAAUGAUUGAUUUGAAUCCAUAGAAAUGUAAUUUUACUUUAUCAUGAUCAAAUGUAAAUGGCAAUUGUAUUUUCAACAAAAUAAAUUAAUAAGUCAUAAAUAAGCCUAUUUCAUUUUAAAACUAACAUGGCGAGUUCAUUAGAGGAGACCUUACAACGAGUUCCGAAGUUGGUUGUUUUUGAUUUAGAUUAUACAUUGUGGCCAUUUUGGGUUGACACUCAUGUGAAUCCUCCUUUUCAUAAAAAUAGUGCUGGUAAAGUAGUAGAUUAUAGAGGAAGUGUAAUUAAACAUUAUCCAGAUACACCAAAAGUCUUGAAAUAUCUUCAGGACAAAAAUAUUGCCAUAUGUGUAGCUUCAAGAACUGGAGAAACUGAUGGAGCAGAGCAACUUAUACAAUUAUUUGGUUGGAAUAAAUAUUUUCAAAACAAACAAAUUUAUCCUGGUAGCAAAGACACACAUAUAAAUAAGAUAAGCAAAAAAUGUAACGUCAAACUGGAGGAUAUGAUUUUUUUUGAUGAUGAACAACGGAAUAUUGUUGAUUUAGAGCGUUUAGGAGUAGUAUCAAUAUUAGUGAAAAAUGGAAUGACUAUGCAAGUGUUAAUGAAUGGUUUGAAAAAGUUUUCAGAUAUAAGAUCAAAUGUGUAAUUUUUGUGUUAUUGACUAUUAUUAUUGUAUUGUGAAUACAAAUAAAAUGCCUCAUAAGACUCUUA